UUAGCAAGCCAGAAAAGGACGCGCACAUCGUACAUUCGUGCAGUACGCCACAGCAUAAAUCGCCCAAGUGCUCGCUGUCCCGUCCCUGUCCUUCUGAUCGAUCUAUGUGCAUCCUCAAUCUCUGCCUCACUUGCUGCUCCUGCUUACUCCCUCCCUCGCACAACCGCCACCAAGACGACAUGGCUGCCUCCGCCUCCGACGACGGCGUCAUCACGCACCGGGACGUGAGCCUCAGCACCGGCGUGCGCCUGCACGUGGCGGAGGCCGGCCCCGCGGGCGCGCCGGCGGUGCUGCUGCUGCACGGGUUCCCGGAGCUGUGGUACACGUGGCGGCACCAGAUGCGGGCGCUGGCGGCGGCGGGGUACCGCGCCGUGGCGCCCGACAUGCGCGGCUACGGCGGCUCCGACGCGCCCCCCGGGGCCCCCGAGGAGCAGUACACGGCGCUCCACGUCGUGGGCGACCUCGUGGCGCUCAUCGACUCCCUCGGCGAGGAGAAGCAGCCGGUCUUCGUGGUGGCGCACGACUGGGGCGCGGUCACGGCGUGGAGCCUCUGCCUGUUCCGGCCGGACAGGGUCAGGGCCAUGGUCGCCCUCAGCGUCGCCUUCACGCCGCGGAGCCCCGCCAGGAAGCCCGUCGAUGGGCUCAGGGCGCUCUUCGGGGAUGAGUACUACGUCUGCCGCAUUCAGGAGCCUGGAGCAAUUGAAGCAGAAUUCGCCCGCCUAGGCACGGAUCUGGUCCUAAGAAAGUUCUUUACUUAUCGGACUCCCGGCCCGCUGUUCAUCCCAAAGAGCGGGUGGGGGUCACCAGAUGACGAGGUGCCCUUGCCGAGCUGGAUCACCGAGGAGGAUGUCAAGUACUAUGCAACCCAGUUUGACAAGACUGGUUUCACCGGAGGAUUGAACUACUACCGUGCCUUGAACAAGACAUGGGAGCUAACAUCACCCUGGACGGGGGCUGAGAUAAAGGUACCAGUGAAGUUCGUGAUUGGAGAUUUGGAUUUGACAUACCAUACCCCAGGCAUACAAGAUUUUAUUAACAAAGGUGGCCUCAAGAAGUAUGUCCCAUUACUGGAUGAUGUGGUGAUAAUGAAAGAUGUUGGGCACUUCAUAAAUGAAGAAAAACCAGAGGAAGUUAGUGCGCAUAUAAUCAGCUUCAUAAAGAAAUUCAACUGAAUGAGGUAUUUCAGCGAACAAACAUCGGAGAGGGUAAAACUGUAACAUUGUGUGAUUUGAUGUUGAGCCUAUUUCUUCACUGUGUUUCAUAAACUUCAUUAUAUGAAACUAUCUCAGUGUGUGGUUUCACUCUUUGUGUCAUGUGGAAUGUUCAAUGUAUCUUGUAGCAUGCAUAUUUCUACCAUAUGAAUACUGGAUCCAUGCUUUGUGUGGAUGUUUGCCCUUAUA